AUGCGUUCCUUCUGCCAGCUGGCCGUUUUGGCCCUGCCAUUGUUCAGCACUGCCGUUGCGGCUUCACCAAACAAGCGAGACGACCACCCAAAGACCAUCUAUGCGACUGCACAGGAAGCGUUCCAGGACUUGUUGAACGCGCUGCCAGAGGAAUCUCUACAAGCAGCAUUGAGCGGACUGAAGGACUUCAAGAAUGGCGUGUUUGAGUCGCACCACCGCGGUGUCGAACAUGUCCACGAGAACAACCCAGCGCUCGCGACAAAGCUCAUUGUCGACGCUGUCAACGACCUGAAGAAGAGGCAGGCGCCGGGCAAUGGCACGGCUUCCGCCACUGAAGCUUCAACCCCACAACAGACAACCGAGGACGCGCCUUCAUCACAGGCGAGCGAGGCUCCUCCACCAGCAGUCGAGACCACCUUAACGCAGGUUCAGACUCAACAGGGCACCACAGUCACCCAAGUACAGACCCAAACACAGCAGCAGACUCAACAAACACAACAAACACAACAAACACAACAAACCGAACAGCCCCAACAGUCGCAGCAACCCUCGGACGACGCACCCCCCUCCACCGUCACCAACACACAACAACAAACCACCACCCAACAAGCCACCACCACCGUCCGCCAAACCACCACCCAACGCCCCGCCAUCAUCCCCGUCGAAGCCACCAUAACCGAAGACGGCACAACCAUCGUCCGCACCACACGCGUCCUCUCCGAAGUAACCGCCUCCGUCCCCGUAACCCUCGUCCGCACAAACUCCCAAGGCAGCACCGUCACCCAAACCGAGAACCGGCCCGCCGUAAUCCGCACAACCACCGAUUCCGCAGGCCGCACAACGGUUACCACGUCUGCGGCUGACUACGCGCCUACCGCUGGUGAAGUACAAACUGCGACGGAUGAGGCGGGAAGCACGUUUUUGACUACGUAUACGCCUGGCGGUGGGCUCGUUAGCAGCAUCAAGUUGAUUACGACGACGGAUGCUGAGGGGCGGCCGAGCACGAUGACGAGUUAUACGUUUGUGGAUCCGAUUCAGGCGACGCAGGCGAGUGGGGGUGAUGGUGGGGAUUCGACGGAGCAGCCGAGUGUGCAGACGGGUGCGGCGGGUGUGAAUGGCGUGCCGUUUGCUGGAGCUGUGGGCUUGGGCGCUAUGGCUUUUUUCUUUUAG